AAAUUAUCAGUAAUUGUUAAAAAACAAUUAUGGCGAUUGAAGUUUAUUGUCAAACAAAGUAUGAAAUAUUUGUUUUAUUUUAGUAUAUUUUCAAUCAUAGUGAAUUAAUAACAGUGAACAAAGAUGUGUGUUCAUAAAAUGUACUGUGAUUAAAGUGUUUUUAAAUGAAUCUAAAUAUAAAAUCAAUUUUGUUAAUAUAUAAUCUACUCUUACUAACAACAAUUUUUCAAUAAUAAACUAUUGAAAAAUGUUUAAAACGGAAGAGUCACCAAAAGGUAGUUUCCUCCAGCAAACGAAAGCUGCUAGAGAAGAAAGAGCUUAUGAAAAACGUAAAGAAGCUGCUGUUAUUUGUAUCCAAGCCCAUAUACGAGGAUGGCUUGCAAGAACCAAAUUUACCGUUCAAAUUUUAGAUGACUUUGAUCAACACUUUCCAGAAGAACCAGCGGAUCCAUCAGUUACAGUACAACUUAAACCAGCCUUACAAGUUUAUAAACUAAUUUCUAGAUUUUUAAUAAUUUUCAAAAGAAACAGAGAUCAAAGUAGAAUAGAAAAAAUAUGCAGAUAUUUAGUAAAAACGUUGGACUCAGAGUUACCAAAGUUUUCUUACGUUGGAGUAGCUUUAAACAAAGACCAUUAUAUAUCUUGGAUAUCACAGAUGAAAACAAUAUUGUACGAAUGUAUGAUUGGAUUAGAUGAUUUGAGACCAGAAAGACCUGCAGAUCAUAAAUGUAUUCUUCUGAGAUUACACACUCUUGUGAGUUUUACAUCAACGGGUACAUGGGCAAUACUGAAGGCAAAAAGUAUGGAGAAACUGAAGACUGGAAUGAAUCAAUUGUGUGCUAAUAUAAUGGGACAUCUAGUCAAUAAUCGAUUUUACACUGUCAUGCAGUCAUUGUUGGUGAAAGGAUUAGGAAGAGAAAAAAUAGCUUUAAAACCAUUAGCCCUUUCUGCGGCAGUCAAUUUAACCAUGCGACCAUUGAUAUCGUCACAAAUGUCUGAAAAAUUAUUAUCGUUAUUUUUAAUCAAUAUCUUUAGUGUACCUGCUCUAAUAUAUCAACUAAAUAUUUAUUCAAUAGAGUGUAUAAAUCUACUCAUUAACUACAGUUUAUUUACGAAAAGUCUUGAAUUACUCAAUUCCGACCAAAAUUUAAGAAUUAUAUUUAAUGCUUUAGAAGGAAAUUACGCUCUUUGUUUAUUAGCAAACUUAAUACACUUAGCUAAUAUUGAGAAAGAUGAAACUCUAAAAAACUUAUACUUUCCGUCAUUUACUUUUGUUGUGACAAAGAUGCUUGAAUCAUGUCAGCAGUAUGUUGUGGCAAAGCAAAGCAAUUUAACACACUGGCAUCCAGUUUUAGGAUGUUUUGCUCAAUCUGUUGAUUCAUCUCUAUAUGGUGCCAUUUCAUAUAUUAAAAUUCAACUAUCUUAUUUAUGGACAGGAAAAAUUGUUUUUCAGCUAAUGGGACAACCGCUGAUGGAGAUAGUUGAAAAAGACAUUCCAAUGAUUUUAUCAGAUCAAAAUCAUCAGAACAACCAAAGUUCAUCAACUGGAACAAACAUUUUCCGUCGUGCAUUUUUAGAAGCACGGACCAAUCGAAAUAAUACUAACAAAAGUUACCGGAAAUUUGGCAGUCCAGAAACAACAAAAAUUGCCCUCAUUUGUUCACUUUAUCAAACGGCUCUUCAUACCCUCACUCAAAUGAAGCUUGAUAUUCUCACUGGGUUAUGUUAUCAAGACAAAAUUUUAUACCAUAUGUGGCUUUUUUUAAAUACAUUGGGACCUCAAUGUGGAUUGAGAGCCUUUCUUGAUCAUUUUGCAGCAAAUACCAAAUACAAUGCGCCUGAAUUUCAAAUGCUCAUACUUUUUUGUGACUGUAUGACUCAUUAUGUGACAAUACUCGAUGAUAUGGAAAUGUAUGAGCAACAAGAUCCCUUUAAAUUAUCCGAUUUCAUUACGAUAUCGUACUUCCUAAAUCAAUUUUUGUAUAAAGCUGUUCUUAACAAUCUUUUUGAUAUUAAAACCAUUUCAAAUAAUCCUCUUUUUACGUCACUUCAUACACUCUUAAUGGCAAUUUAUCGACGUGAUUGUAGAAGAACAUUCUGUCCAGAAGGACAUUGGUUAGCGAAGGAAGUACGAGUAUCAGGAUUUUUAGCAGACUUAGAGAAAGGCCGAAGAGGAGCAGCUUUAUUACUCUCAAAAAUGCCUCAUGUUAUCCCUCACUCUGAACGUGUGAUCCUAUUUAGAAAGCAUGUAGCUGAUGAAAAAGCUGUCUUGGGAUUAACUGAAAGUGCGUGCAAUAGUAGCCCAUCUUCCACUUUGAUUGCCGUUCACAGAUCACGAAUCGUCGAGGACGGCUAUCGACAGCUUGCAAUGCUGCCGCCUCAAGCCUUAAAAGGAGUGAUUCGAGUACGAUUCAUUAAUGAGCAAGGAUUAGAUGAAGCAGGAAUUGAUCAAGAUGGAGUAUUCAAAGAAUUUCUUGAAGAAACUAUAAAACGUGUAUUUGAUCCGUCUCUCAACCUUUUUAAAGCUACUAGUGAAAAUAGACUGUAUCCAUCUCCAACAUCGUAUAUGCAAGAAAACCAUUUACAACUUUUUGAAUUUGUUGGUCGGAUGUUAGGCAAAGCUGUCUAUGAAGGAAUUGUGGUGGAUGUUCCUUUUGCUUCAUUCUUCGUUUCUCAAUUUUCAGGACAAGCAGGUGGUGCAUUAUAUAGCUGGCUAGAUGAAUUAGCUUCACUUGAUCGUGAUCUUUACAGAAGUUUAACUCUUGUAAAACAUUAUAAAGGUGAUGUAAGCGAAUUAGAAUUAACAUUUUCAUUAGAUGAAGACGUGAUGGGAGAGCUUGUAACACAUGAAUUGAAUCCAGGCGGCAAAGCUGAACCUGUAACUAACUCAAAUAAAAUUAAUUAUAUUCAUCAUAUGGCACACUUUAGAAUGCAUAGGCAAAUUAAAGACCAAACUGCAGCAUUCACUAAAGGUUUCAAGUCUAUCAUUAAUCCUGAUUGGCUUUCAUUGUUUUCAACACCCGAACUUCAGAGAUUAAUAUCUGGGGAUAAUGUUCCCCUAGAUCUUCGAGAUCUUCGUCGGCAUACACAAUAUUAUGGAGGAUUUCAUGAUAACCACAGAGUUGUUUGUUGGCUUUGGGAUAUUUUAGAAAAAGAUUUCAGUGAAGAAGAACGUGGUUUGUUUCUCAAGUUUGUUACAAGCUGUUCUAAGUCACCACUUUUAGGAUUUGCUCAUUUAGAGCCACAAUUUUCUAUUAGAUGUGUUGAAGUAAGUGACGAUGAAGAUACUGGUGAUACUAUUGGGAGUGUUAUCAGAGGAUUCUUCACAAUAAGAAAAAAAGAUCCUCAGAAUCGAUUACCAACAUCCUCGACAUGUUUCAAUUUACUCAAACUACCAAAUUAUCAGAAAAAGAGUACUUUAAGAGAAAAAUUACGUUAUGCUGUUACAAGCAACACAGGAUUCGAGUUGUCUUGAGAUGGAAAUUUCAUGAAAUUAUUAAAAUAUUCAUUCAGCUGUUAAUGAAUUAACAAUUGAUUUUUAUUACAGUUAUUCAAAAUCUACCUCAAAAAUAUCUGCGAGCAUUAAUAUCUUUUUUUAGGAACGUGUAAACUAAAAAAAUAAUAAUAUGAAAACUAAAUAUUUGAGAAAAAAUAUGUAAGGGAAGUUGGAAGUUUAAAUGGUGCAAUUGUCUGCUUGUAUUGUUAGUGAUUAUAUUCAUAAUGGUAAUUAUGAACAACCCCUUGUAUAAUUGAUACAAAAACAGAAUUUUGUAAGAAUAAUGUACAUAUUUAAAGGUUUUUGUAAUUUUUUAAUGUAUUAUUUCAUGUAUAUAGUACUCCUCCGCUUUUGCUUUAAAUUUUUGCUGUAAAACCGUAUUAUGUAAAUUUGUGCUCUAAAGAAAAAGAAAAAAUCUUUAGCUAUCAUAUGAAGUGAACUAUAUUUUACUAAA